UAUAAAUAUUGUCUAUUGGCACAAAAAACCAUGACAACUGAUUCUUCUAAGUUAGUAGUAUUUGAAGCUUUUACCGUCAGGCUCUGCCAGGUUCAAGCUCUGUAUUCAUGGGUUCUCUCGGUUUGUCAGAGGGGUCCUUCGGACAAUUUCAGUACCCUAUAGCUCGCAGGGACGAGUCUGUGGUUGAUGAUUAUCAUGGUAUUAAGGUGGCUGAUCCUUAUCGAUGGCUUGAAGAUGCUGAUGCUGAAGAAGUAAAGAAGUUUGUGCAGAAACAGGUUACUCUGACAGAAUCAGUGCUUGAAAAGUGCGACACAAGAAGUAAACUUCACAAGCAAAUCACAAAACUCUUUGAUCAUCCACGCUACACCGUGCCCUUUAAGCGAGGCAAUAAAUAUUUUUACUUCCAUAACACCGGGCUCCAAGCACAAAACGUCCUUUAUAUGCAGGUUUGUCAGGAACAACAUUUAAUAAAAAUAGUAAUAUCAGUAUGCAAUUUUUUUUAUCCCUCCAAUUGGAUUCAGGAUGGUUUGGAUGGAGAACCGGAGGUCUUGCUUGACCCCAACACCCUAUCUGAGGAUGGAACGGUAUCGUUGAAGGCCCUGUCUGUUAGUGAGGAUGCCAAGUACUUGGGUUACGGGCUUAGUUCAAGUGGAAGUGAUUGGGUGACGAUUAAAGUAAGGCGAGUUGAGGAUAAAACAGGGGAACUUGAUAGUUUAUCAUGGAUAAAGUUUUCGGAAAUCAGCUGGACACAUGAUAGCAAAGGGUUUUUCUAUAGCCGCUAUCCAGUCCCCAAAGAUGGAGAAAACCUUGAUUCUGGGAUAGAAACUAGUGUUAACGUUAAUCAUGAGUUAUACUAUCAUUUCCUCGGUACAAAUCAAUCUGAAGACAUCUUAUGCUGGAGCGAUCCUGAAAAUCCUAAGCACAUGUUUAGUGGCAGAGUGACGGAUGAUGGAAAGUAUCUGCUUUUGUAUAUCGAUGAGGGUUGUGGUCCGGUCAAUAAACUUUACCACUGCGACAUGUCUGCACUUCCUAAAGGUCUUGAAGGUUUCAGGGAAAGAAAUGGCCCACUGCCGUUUGUUAAGUUAAUAGAUCAGUUCGACGCACAAUAUCUUACAGUGGCUAAUGAUGAUUCAUCCUUCACUUUCUUGACAAACAAAGAUGCUCCAAAAUAUAAAUUAGUCCGAGUUGAUCUGAAGGAACCGAGUAAGUGGAUUGAUGUUAUUCCAGAGGAUGAAAAAGAUGUGCUUGAAUCAGCAUGUGCUGUGAAUGGCAAUCAGAUGAUUGUGAGUUAUUUGAGUGAUGUUAAGUAUGUGCUCCAAGUAAGGGAUUUGAAAACAGGCUCCAUGCUGCAUAAGUUGCCCAUUGACAUAGGAACUGUUUACGGAAUUUCUGCUCGUCGUGAAGACAGUAUGGUUUUCAUCGGUUUUACUAGCUUUCUUACUCCUGGUAUUAUAUACCAAUGCAACUUAAGAGUUGAGUUUCCAGAAAUGAACAUAUUUCGUGAAAUUAAUGUGCCAGGUUUUGAUCGCUCGGAUUUCAAAAUCAAUCAGGUUUUUGUUCAAAGUAAGGAUGGCACCAAGAUCCCAAUGUUCAUUGUUGGCAAGAAGGAUAUAAAUCUGGAUGGAUCACACCCUUGUUUGUUGUAUGGAUAUGGUGGAUUUAACGUCAGUCUCACACCAUCAUUUAGUGUUAGUCGAAUCGUGCUUGCUAGGCAUCUUGGUGCCUUUUUCUGCAUUGCAAACAUUCGUGGUGGUGGAGAGUAUGGAGAGGAAUGGCACAAAGCUGGUGCCCUAUCAAAAAAGCAAACUUGCUUCAAUGACUUCAUUUCUGCUGCUGAGUAUCUUAUAUCUUCUGGGUAUACUCAGCCCAAAAAAUUAUGUAUUGAAGGGGGAAGUAAUGGUGGGCUUCUAGUUGGGGCUUGCAUAAAUCAGAGACCUGAACUUUUCGGUUGUGCUUUGGCUCAUGUUGGUGUGAUGGACAUGCUGCGAUUUCACAAGUUCACAAUAGGCCAUGCUUGGACUUGUGAUUUUGGCUGUUCUGACAAAGAAGAAGAGUUCCAGUGGCUCAUCAAGUACUCACCAUUACAUAAUGUGAGGAGACCAUGGGAGACACAUCCUGGUGGACAGUCACAGUAUCCAUCCACCAUGCUAUUGACUGCCGAUCAUGAUGAUCGCGUUGUUCCAUUACAUUCAUUGAAGAUGUUGGCAGUAAGUUCCUUGCCAAUUAUCGUUAUACUGGUUUCUACUUGUUUGAAUAUUCACUUGCAUAGCUAUCUCUUGAAAUUCCUCACACAUAUUCUAUCCUCUCUAAUCUCCCAAGAUUCUCGGUUUGCUUGUUCUUUUCAGACAAUGCAAUAUGUUCUGUGUACGAGCUUGCAGAAUAGUCCCCAGACGAAUCCGAUUAUUGGACGCAUUGAGUGUAAGGCCGGACAUGGAUGUGGACGUCCAACAUAUAAAUUGAUUGAUGAAGCUGCUGACAGGUAUAGCUUCAUGGCUAAGGUGUUGGGUGCAACUUGGAUCGAGUAACUCGUAUCAAGGAUACAAUAAUCAAGUUUUCCUAGUGAUAUUAGAAGCCAAUUUUACAAUAUUCAAGUUUUUCGAGAAAACAAAGCAAUUAUACGUUAUAGAUUUGUUUAAGUUAAAAUUUUACUGAUACAUACUUAGCAUCUACUUAAUAUUAUCCUGAUCUUACUUUUCCCCUUUAAUUGGUAAAUGAGACAUGCAUGAAGUGGCUUUAUAUACCAAAAAAAAUUAAAAAUAUGAUAACUGAUCAUACUCUCUUAUUCUUGCAUGUUUUCUAUAUAUCAUGUGGCUGAAAAGCUCACAAAAGUAGAGCAAUGAGCAGAGUUCGCAGUUCAGCUGUUCCAAAUAUGUUGUUUCUGAGAGUAACUAUAUGAUGUUCUUUGAAAAAUAUGAAGAGCAGUAAUUGUCUAUUUCAUAAAUAAAUAUUUUAGAUUUUCACUUCCAGAAAUCAAACAAUUACCUGGCAUGUAAUCAUAGGGAACCUUAUGCGGAUUGCAAUUCGACUGCUUGAGAAUCAUAUUCGAAAUACAACUUUGGAUUUUACAUUCGUUGCUCACUUCCAAGUGCUGUGCAUAUCAAAGGCAAAACAUGAUUCCCAUGUCCCAAUCCCAACUGAAACUGACAAAUUAACAUUGGAACAGUUGUGAUAACUGUGACUUAAAUUAAAAAAAAAAAAAACAAAAUUCUGAGUGCAAGACAAGUACAUAAAAAGAGAAUCGUCGAUUUUUUUAGGUUGGAAUCCCUCGAAAACUUUGGCUUGAAG